UUCCUAAGUUUUAUUGCUCUUUAAGAAAUGUAUCUACUGUAAUAUAAUAACGUAGUAGUAAAUAGUUAUUUUACUUUCAUUCGCCUACAAAAUCGCGAUAUCCAAACAUCGCUAUAUUACUGCACUGCAGUAAUUAAUAUUUGGGCGCAGCGUUCGAUCAAACAACAUUUCAGUUUCUAAGCAAAUUCAUGAGUUUCGAGCAGUAAGAAUGGUAAGUGGAAGAGAGUUUCGGGAUUCCUUGCACAGGCCUCUACCGAACGCGCCUAAGCAGAGGAAGUGUCGCAUCGUACCUGCGUUUACGGUGCAAGCCCUCCAGAGAGGCACCUGCGUUCUACCUCCACCCACCUGCAAUCCUUACCAGGAGAAUGUUCCGAAAAACACCGUCUUCAGAUCUGCUUAUGUCAGGGGAGAACUGCCGGUGACCGCUGAUGCGAAACGGACUAAAUGCACUUGGAAGAAGGACAUACAUAAACUCGAUUACUCGCACAUUCUACCCACCUUCUUCGAUGGUUUAUGCGAACUGGAGGACCCCUACAGGUUUCUGGCGCUGCAGGGUAUCUCUGAUCUGCUUGACAAAGGUGGCCAGAAGAUAUUUCCAUGCGUUCCGCAAUUGAUCAUUCCGAUCAAAAAUGCGCUGCGUACAAAGAACAGGUCUAUAAUGAUUGCCACGUUGAAGGUUCUUCAGCAUCUGGUUAAAUCUUUCGAUCUGAUCGGCGAGGCUUUGGUUCCAUACUACAGACAACUCUUGCCCACUCUGAAUUUAUUCAAGGAGAAGAAUGUAAAUUGCGGAGAUGGACUGGACUACAGUCAGAUGAAGGGAGAAAAUUUGGCGGACGUUAUCAACGAAACGCUCGAGACUCUGGAGGAAUACGGCGGUGAAGAUGCGUUCAUCAACAUCAAAUACCUGAUUCCCACCUACGAAUCUUGUGUUUUGAACUAAUCUACAUAGAUUAUCUCUGAACAUUGCAGUAAAUUAGAAAAUGCUCGAGUUGCUAGAGAGCGUACUAUAUUAUUUAGACCUAUGAAACCACAAUGAAACUUACAAAAUAUAUACUUAUAAACUGUUGAAUUAUUACUUUAAAUUGUAUUUAGUAAGAUAUUUGUUACUAGAUAAUUAAGCUUAUAAGAAUUAGUAGCUGUUAAACAUUCUUUAUCGAUUUUAUUUCAUUCAAGAUCCUAAACACUUUCAACCAGUAUCAAGUAUGAAGUUUACUUGCU